AUGAUAAUGACGUCCAACGACGACAACGUCAGCCGCAGCAUUAUCGUGCACAGCCCCGACGCCUCGACGCCGCCGCCCACGUCGCCCGUGACCAUCGUCCCGCGCGAGGAGGAGCUGACGCCGCCGCAGCGCCGCCCGCCGGUCUCGCUGCCCCGCCAGGUGCAGGAGUGCACCAUGCAGCGCGUGCUCGUGACGGAGAAGACCUCCGCGUGCAAGUCAGCUUCCAACAAGUGA